AUGGCGCUCAUACGAUAUGACAAACCUAGAGGUUGGGGCUUCUAUUGCGGUGGCGUCUUAAUAUCACCAAAAUACGUUUUAACCGCUGCUCACUGCGUCAAAGGAGAAGAUUUACCGAAAAAUUGGCGACUGUCUCAAGUCCGCCUAGGCGAGUGGAACACGACAAGCUCAGUGGAUUGCAUAGAUACAGACUGCAGUGGACCGCCCCAGGACGUGCCUGUGGAGAGGGUGAUACCACACGAAGAUUACGACCCCGCAGACAUUCACCAGGCAAACGACAUUGCUCUACUCAGGCUAGAACAUAAUGUAGUCUUUAACGACUUUGUAAAACCCAUCUGCUUGCCGACUUCAAACGAUUUAAAACGGACGUCAUUAGUAGGUUCCGACAUGGAAGUGGCAGGCUGGGGCAAAACUGAAACACAAAACGAAACUUUCGAAAUCGUCGUUUUAAACAGCGGCGCUCAAACUUUACUAUCAGGCUCCGAGUCAGAUGUGAAACUCAAAGUGGUGGUGCCUGUGGUGGACAACUCGCAGUGCGCUAAUGUCUUCAGUAGAGUAAGUCGCACUAUCACCAGUAAACAAAUGUGCGCGGGCGGCGUCGCCGGGCAAGACUCCUGCCGCGGCGACUCCGGCGGACCACUGAUGGGCAAGGUUCGAAGCCAUAGUAACUGGUUUGUGUUCGGCGUGGUCUCGUACGGGCCAUCGCCCUGUGGCACUCCAGGCUGGCCCGGCGUAUACACAAGAGUUACUGAAUAUACUGAUUGGAUAUUAUCAAAACUAAAACCCUAA